AUGUCCGCUGCUUCUGAGUAUAUAUCGGGGGAUAGCCCCAAGAGGGCAAGCCUGGUUGGAUCUCACGAACUGGAAGCCAAAAGCGCCAAGUGGGUGACCCUUAAAGAGAUCUGUUGGCUUGAUGAGGACGGAAGGGAGAGACGAUGGGAAGCUGCUGAGAGGAAAACGCGUGGCUCGGCUGGAAUCGAUGCCGUCGCCAUCAUAGCCAUACUGCGGCCGACCGAGACUGGAGAAGCUCUACACACAGUGAUAAUUGAACAGUAUCGCCCCCCCGUAGGCAGCUAUGUGGUCGAGGCGCCUGCUGGUAGGCAUUCUGCACCCUCAUCGUUGGAGAGCCUGAUAACCCCUUCAUUCCAUGGGCCAGGUCUCAUCGACGAGGAUGAGGAUGUCGAACAAGCUGGAAUCAGGGAGCUCGAAGAGGAGACUGGCUUGAAGGCAUCAGGUGUAAUCUACACUUCACCACUUCAGGUCUGCGAUCCAGGGAUGACGACGGCGAAUAUGAAACUCAUUGUCGUGGACGUCCCUGUCCGAAGUGUCAAAGAUGCCUUACCUGAUCAGAAGCUCGAAGCUAGCGAGCAUAUCGUCCGUAGGAUAGUGCCACUCGAGACCCUCAAUGAAGAGCUGAAAGCGUAUGCGGAACGAGGAUUUUCAGUUGAUGCCCGACUUUCUCACUUUGCAAUCGGUUGGGAGCUUGCAAACAAGCUGAGACAAAUCCCGAUGCAAACGGGACGCGGACAAUGA